AUGGAAGCCCUAAGAGAGGAAGUCCGCAGACUGGCCAAGUCCGGCGAUGAGAGGACUCGCAAAAACAUCUUGGAUGAAUUAAGUGCUCUGAGUGCUUCAAUUGAAUCUCCAGAUGACUCGGUCCAGCGAUUCACGUUCUAUAACAUGCAACUUGCCGCCAACCUCACUGCCAUCGAUCUUAAACUGUUUGAGUUGCUGAGUGAAAAUGAAACACCUCUCACAGUAGAUCAGAUCAGUGAGAAAAUCGGUGCAAAUCCCGUUUUCAUCGGCCGUCUACUCCGUUAUCUGGCUUCAUACUACGCAAUCCAGGAAGUCAACAAGGACCUCUUUACUUCAUCAAACAUCUCGAAAACAUUUGCUCAGCCCGGUUUCCAGGCUGCUGUUGGUCAUAUCUUCAACAAUGCUGGUCCAUCCAUCCAAGAAUUCCCCGCCUUCAUAAAAGAGAACAAUUACCCCGACAUCCAAGAUAACCUACAGGGACACCCUGAAAACAGGGACUUCUUCAACUUGCACAUGAAAUCCAAUCGGGAUGGUAUGCCCACAUUUCUGGAUGUGUUCCCUGUUCUCGAGAAAGCUACCGAUUUGACUCCCGAGCGUGCAUUGUUUGUCGAUAUUGGUGGAGGUAUUGGUCAACAAGCUAUUGCGUUUAAGGAAAAAUAUCCCCAGCUUGAAGGCCGAGUGAUUGUCCAAGAUAUUACUCUAGCGACAGCCGACGCGAUACAACAUCCUGGUGUGGAAGCUAUGGCGUAUGACUUCUUUAGUCCUCAGCCAAUCAAGGGUGCCAAAUCCUAUUAUCUACGAAAUAUCCUCCACGAUUGGCCUGAUCACAAGUGUCGAGAAAUUUUGAAGAAUAUCAUCGAUGCCAUGGCUCCGGACUCUUACAUUCUGAUUGAUGAUAUGGUUCUUCCCAAUGUUGGUGUUCACUGGCAGCAAGCACAAUUAGAUAUGCUCAUGAUGGUGGCUCUGGCUGCGAGGGAGCGGACACAGGAACAGUGGGAUCAGCUAGUCGAGAGUGCUGGGUUGAAGGUUAACAAGGUGCAUACUUACACCGAGAGUUCGAAAGAUAGCAUUAUCGAGGUGAUUACAGCCUGA